GGUGGCUGAGGCGAUGGCGGCGGGCUGGUGUCGCUGCCGCCGGCACUGACGAACCCUCACCGCCCUGUGGGCUCCGGGAAGAGCCGUUCUGUCCCACCGCGCUGGUUCGGCAUCCGGCAGAGGAGAUGCGGUAGCGUGGCGUGGAUCCCGCUGGCUGUCACGGCACCCAGGGAGGCGAUGGAGCCGCUCCCCGAGCUCUACUCCAUCUUCCAGGGCGAGGUUGCUGCAGUGACAGAUUAUGGAGCCUUUAUCAAAAUCCCAGGCUGCAGGAAACAAGGCCUGGUGCACAGGUCCCACAUGUCCUCCUGCCCCGUGGACAAACCCGCAGAGAUGCUCGACGUGGGGGACAAGGUGUGGGUGAAGCUCAUUGGGAGAGAGGUGAAGGAGGACAAGCUGAAGCUCUCCCUCUCCAUGAAGGUUGUUCACCAAGGCACGGGGAAGGACCUGGAUCCCAACAACGUUUCCCUUGAGCAGGAUGAGAGGAAGAAACGCUCCUUCAGGGACUACACGAGCCAGAAGAUCACCCUGGAGGCCGUGCUGAACACGGUGUGCAAGAAGUGUGGCUGCAAAGGUCACUUUGCCAAGGAGUGCUUCAUGCAGCCUGGAGGAACCAAAUACAGCCUCAUUCCAGAGGAGGAGGAAGAGGAGGGGGCAGCAGCAGGGCAUGAAGGGGACAAAAAGAUCAGCCAGGCUGAGGAAUCUUCCAAAAAGAGGAAAAAGGUUUCUCCUGUGUUGUCCCAGGAGAAGAAGAAGAAGAAGAAGCACAAGGCCAGGCCGUCCUCGGAGUCGGACUCGGACAGCUCAGCCUCGGACAGUGACGGAGCUCAGCCCUCCAGCAAGAGGCCCAGGCACUCCAGGAAGGCCAGCAAGGCUCCCAAGAAGAAGAAGAAGAAGCACAAGAAGUAGCUCUGGGGUGAGCAGGGCAGGCUGGGCUGCUGCCGUGGCUGCAACAGGGACCAGCAGCUCCUGCUCCAAGGACAAGGAGUUGAUUUCAAAGGAACAUUUGGUGUUACAGGUGCUGACCUUGUGUGAGCUGUCCUCUGUCACCUUGGGCACAGGCUGCCCCUUUGUCCCACAGCUGCUGCCAGCACGGGCUCGUGACAGCCUGCAGGGCACCCUUGCUGUGCCACAGCCUCGUGUCCUGCUGUCCUGCUGCCAGCUCCUGGGACAGCUGCAGAGCUUGGGGUGGCACAGCCAGGCCCCCACCGUGCUGGGCACAGGUUUGGUGGCAGCACAGCCCCUGGCACAGAGCUCAGGGCUGCAAACCUGCCCCGGCUCCCUCAGCCUCUGUGCAAACACCAGGAGUGGAGGAGCAAGGAGCAAAUGGGGGAGUGGAGAUACUGGGAGUAAACAUGGACUGUGGAGUGUUUGCUGCCUUGGAAAGGGAUGGAAAAUAAAUCUGCUCUCUGCAGCUGCA